GAUCAUUGUCGCAAUAAACCUGUAUGAUUUGACAAAGCCAAAACUUGCCUGCCUGCUCCAAGUCUCCCAAGUGACAAACACCCCGAACCCUCCCCACUUGGAUCGACCGCAACAGUGCUUCCUCCCGGGAGGACUUGUAUCUUUUGGCGAAAACCACUUCCCACCUUCACAAUAUCAACACACUUUGUCGUCUUCUCCAACAACCCCCAUAAAAACAUGGCCACCGACGACCUAUCCAACAAGCCGCUCGCGGUACGGACGACAUCGUCCACCUCCACUGAUGGCGCCUCGUUCGACAUCGUCAAAACCUACCGCGACCUCCUCACCUCCGACCCCGACAUGACUAUGCCCGUAGCAGCCAUCGAAUCGCUCAUCGAGCUCUUGCGCGUCACCCCUUCCUCAACAGCCAUGGAAACCGUCGAAGUCGUCAAGACCCAAAAGGCCCUCCUCCUCGAUUCGGCCCCGAACCCUCUCCCUCUGCUAGCCGGCGCCGACCUCUUCGAGCAGUACCUUCUCCGGUCGCUUAGAGGGCAGACCGCCGA